GCAAAAUAUUCAUACAUAAAAAUGAAUUUGUAAACAAAAAUCUGAGUUAUAGUUGUGCUAUGUGUUAUAGGCCUGAAGUCUUAGCUACUUAAGGGGGCUGAGGCAGGGGAUAUCAAAUUCAAGUCCAGCCUGGGAAACUUAUUGAGAACCCUUUCUCCAAAAUAUUUAUUUUAAUUAUUUGUGUGUGUGUGUGUGUGUGUGUGUGUAGCUACCCACAGGAGCUAGAGGAGUUGGAUCCUUAUGGAGGUAUAUAAUGGAGGUGAUUAUGAGCCAGUGCCUGGGAAGCCUGAGAAUUGAACUUUGAAAGAGCAGGAAGUGCUUUUAGACAGUAAACCAUUUCUCUAGCCUGAGAUUUUUGUCAAGAUUUGGGGUUUCUCUUUCUCUCCCUCUCACCCUCUCUCACCCUCUCUCACCCUUACCCACCCACCCACACCUCAAUCAUGGUGUGCUAUUGCCCCCCACACCCUAGACAAAGGAAAGGAAUAUGAGUUUAGAAAGUUAAUAAUUACUUGCUCAUAAUUCAAAAAAAAUGUUACAAUUGGAAAGUUUAGCAAAGUUUAAUACUUUCAUUAGUUUUUUUCUUUCUAUUGUUAUUUUUAGUAGUUUUUCAGUUAUUUUGAGAAAGGGUCUAAUGUUGCCCAGGCUGACUUCAUAUAGCUGAGGCUGACCUUGAAUUCCCGGUCCUGUCUACCUCCUAAGUUCUGGGAUAACAGGUGUAAAACACCAUACCCAGCUCUUUUUUUCAUUCUUUAAAAUAAAUUGAUGCUUCCAGUUUUUCUUCUGAGGCACCUGAGUAUAAAUAGCUUAGAGAGCCUCCUUAUCAUGUCACCUUAGGAUUUAUUCCUUCCCUGCAUGGCAUAUACCUUCCCAUCACUGGGUGCAUUUUAAGAACCAUCAAUGGAAGCCAGAUGGUGGUGUCUCUAAUCCCAGCACUCAGGAAGCUGAGGCAGGCAAAAUCUCUGAGUUUGAGGCCAGCCUGGUCUAAAGAACACAUUGCAGGACAAGCAGGGUUACACAGAGAGAGUCUGGUGGAAACAAAACCUCCACUAACUGUUAGUGACUGAUGGAUAGAUGGAUACUGAGAAGCAAGCACCUUAGCCUCAUAGACAGCCUGUCAUCAUUUUCCAAAGAUACUCCAUACACCUGUGGCUUUUUUCUUUAAAAAAAUAAAAGAUAGCUUUUCAUGUGUGCGUAAUGGAGCAUGUGCUAUUAGAGGCCAGACUAGAUCAUAAAGCAAUGUAUGUUCUUUUUAGUCAGUGAUAGACUCUGGAGAUCUGAAGCCUCCUUCUGUCCUUUUGUGAAUAUUGAUGAAUCCUUCACAUACCCUGAUGUCAGUAGCCAGGUUAGAGGGCGUACACAGUUUAACUGUAGUCUUGUUUAUCGGCUGAAAAGCAAUCCCAUCUCUUUUAUGGCCUCUGAGGUUCAUUUUGUGCAUAGGCCUGUUCUUCCGCAAGAUGACGAGAAAAACAAAAUCCAUGUGUUUUCUUCCAAUGUUUUUCUGUUUUCACUUUUUAUUAUUGAGCUUUUGAUCCAUCUGGAGUUUAUUUUACUCUAAGGAAUGAGGUAGGAAUCCAAUUUUACUUUAUUAUCUUUUCAGAUGGCAGCCCAGCUGUCCCGUUACCAUUCGUUGAGUAAUCUCUUUAUUCUUCUGUAUAUGAAAUUCCAUCUUUCUCCUAAACUAAACCUGUGUGUUUGAGUUUCUUUUGAGGCUCUGUGGUUUAGCGCCCUGAACUGUCAGUGCAUGCACCUUCACCACAGGGUUUUAGCUACUGUAGCUUCAGAAUGUGUUUUAUUACCUGCUAAGUAGGCCAGGCUCCUUUAUUAGGUUUUUCAGUCUUCAUGAAUAAUUAUACUUGUUUAUUUUCCCCAUUGUUCCAAAAGAUCUUAGAUAAGUCAGAUCUUCUAUUUCCUUUCCACCCCACUCUCAUUUUCCUAGGGGCUUUAAAAUGUUUAUUUUAUUUUAAUUAUUUAAGUUUUUAGAUAAGGUCUUACUAUGUAGCCCUGGAAGACCUGGAACUCUUAAUGUAGACCAGACUGGCCUUGCUCACAGAGAGCCUCCUGCCUGCCUUCCAAAUGCUGGGAUUAAAGGCACGUGUAGCGUGCAUGGCUAAAUUUAUUUGGUUUUAAUUAAGUGUAUGUGAGUGUGUAUAGUGUGCGCAUAUUUUGAGUAACAGUGCCUGCAAAGAACAGAAGCACAGGAUCUCAUAGAGCUAGGGUUCCAGGCAUUGUUACUUGGGCACUGGUGGCUGAGCUGGGGUACCUUACACAUGUACCCUUAACCACUGAGCCAUGUAUAUACAACGUAUAAACAACGUUUAGGUGAUAAAUGUGUGUAUGGGAGGUUGGGCCAGAGGUUAAUGGCAUCAAUGGUGUGUGCUCUUCAGUGUGGUAAUGAUGUUUGUCAUGUGAGUCUUUAUCCCUGUGAGUUAGGAGAGUCCUCCUAAAGGGUUUCAUGCUGACGUGCCAGGGUGUCUGAGCGCACUGUCGGGUGGUUCAGCAAACAUCACAACACGAAUAAGUGAUGGGUGUGAGCAUAAGAUAGAAAAGAGGCAGAAAUGUGAAAAACCAGUGAUCAUAGUGAGGGGUAUAAUAGUGUUUCCUAUGUAUACUACAGCUAAGUUCUGUAGGGUUGACAGUUUUCCUGCACACUGGGAAGCAGAUGUAACUAGAAUACGUGGCUGCAGGUAAAAAGGCACUUGUUACCAAGCUUGGAGAGGAGUUUAGUACCUGGUUGGUGUAGAGAUGUCAUGUUGCAGCCUAAAUUGAUACUAGUCUCUGGCUUUGAAGUUGCUCUUGUGAUUAGGUCUUCGAUUAUCUUUCUAACAUACACACACAUAUACUUACAUACAGACACACACUCACAAACAGUCACACAUACAAACUUAUAUGUACACACUGAAUGCCUGUUGUAACUUGGAAGGUUCUUGAACAAAGACAAGAUCCAGAUCAUGUCUGCCUUGAGCUUUGUUAUCCUCAUACAAGAUGUAAUUGAAUAAAACAUAUUACCCAUCUGGCUGGUGAACCUUAGUGGCCUUAGAAUAACAACUUUUUGGAUCGUGAUGGCUUAAGGUUUUCCGUCCGUUCUCUCUCUCUCUCUCUCUCUCCCUCUCCCCCUCUUUCUUUUUCCCCCUCUUUCUCUCUUAAGUUCAGUUUCUUUUUAGCUGUUGCUAAGAGAAGUUUCACUGACACAAGAGACACAAGGACCUGUCUGCAUGCUGCCAGUUGUUUUAUAGGCAUUUGGCUCUGCCGCCUUGCAGAUGGUAAGACUCUGGGUGGUGGGGAACUGUGUGCUGAUUAUCUUAUUGAAUUAAGGUAACCUUUUGUUGUCCACUGAAAUCUGCAGACCAGUUGGCCAGUGAGCAGCUGCUCGGGGUGGCUUGGUUUGGGGAUUUGAGGAACACAAAGACAUCUCAAAGGGUGAUCAUUCUAAUCCAGGUAUCUAAGAAAGCAGCGCCGAGAGUUUUCUUCUUCUGACACUGUUUAUGUUCCCAUAGAAGGGAGUGAACAACAUUUUUUUUAAACUUUUGCUCAAUUAUACAGAAUGAUUAAAACUGAUUUAUUAUUUUGACAACUCGUAGAAAACUACUUUUUACCUAACAUAGGAAGCUGAAAACAAUAUGCUUUCAUAAUAUUUGAUGCCAGAAGCAUCCUGAUUUUAUGGCAGUCUGUGUCUGAAGAUCAUGGUGGAAUAACAGGAUUGUUUUUAUUUUGAGUUUAUUAUCAACCAUUCUAGAAACUCAAAGCUUGCCUUACUGUUGCCAUCUGUCUGCAGAUCCUAGCUGUAUAACUCUGGGCUUGGCUUGUUUUGGUUUUAGUCUGUCACUUCUAUCUGGAGUCUGCUCAGUCUGAAACCACUGCAGGAGCCUGCUAUUGCUGCCGCUGCCGUUCCUCCUCUUCCUUUUUGAAACAAGGUCUUGCUGUUGCUGAAACUGUAUGGCUUUUUCCCCUUCUAGGAGAAUGUUUUUGGGAUGGAUCCUUUUGGUUCUUUAUAGCACAGUAUAGGUGACCACACAGAGAAUGGGAUGGCCUGCUUGUUGUCAGAGAGGAAUCAUUCUGUGGUGGUGGAAGACGAACAUCCAUCUAUUACAGUGUGGCCAUUUCUUGUGCCUUAGGAUCGUCCUUUGACUUGUAAGUGUACUUUUUCCUUCAGAUGUAUGUGCUACUAAUGAUCCUGUCUGCACAUAGUUACUAAGCAUACACUCUUCUGGGCCGUGGACUUGGCCUCAUUUGCAUAUGAGGUAGGUCUUAUUAGCUCUGUGUUAAAGACAAGAAAACAUCUCCCUAGGGUGGUUCAGAAGCUGCCGGGUAUCACAUGCUAAUUAGGGCUGGGCAUAUGGAGUUCCGGGCUCUCAGAGUGCAAGGCUUAUAUGUCGCACUGCCCUGCUGCUGUGUUAGCAUCAGCCCCGUUACCAGACCAUACUCUUGGAAUCAAACUAAGCUCUCCUUCAGGGCUUCAGAAUCUGUGUCCAUGCUAAUCUUAUUGAUGAUGGUGAAAACAAUAUAGCAUAUACGUAUGCACAUGAAUGUGUGUGCAUGCAUGCAUGGUGGGCAUACGGAGGUCAGAGGCGGUCUCAGGUGUUGGUCUAUACCUUCUGAUUUGUUGGAGACACUCUCUUGUGUUAAUUGCUUUGUAUGCCAGGAUCCCUAGCUGACAAGCCCUGGGUAGUCUUGAAUCUCUUCCUUCCAUCUCACUUCAUUGUAGGAGCCUGGAGGUGCUAGCCACAUGCUAAGUAAGCAUUACCAUGCCCGCUUUCCGUGGGUUUUGGGGGAUCCAAAUGCAAAUCUUCUUGCUUGUACCACAAAUCUUUUAUCUACUGAGCCAUCUCCAAAGCCCUGAUGAAUUUUUUUAUAGCGCAAAUAUUUUUAUUGUUACCUAUCCUUUUACAUAUUUUUCUACACACAUGUUCUUUGCAUAACUACUUAUAGUCAAAGAAUACAUGAGCUAAUGAGCAUUAUGUGUUUUGUGCAGAAAUUACCAUGGUGAACUGGAGAGAUGGCUUAGAGGUUAAGAGCACUUACUCCUCUUCCAGAGGUCCUGAGUUCAAUUCCAGCAACCACAUGGUGGCUCACAGCUAUCUGUAAUGGGAUCUGAUGCCCUCUUCCAGUGUGUCUGAAGACAGCUACAGUAUACUCAUGUAAAUAAAAUAAAUAAGUUACUAUGGCACUUUAUAAUUAUUUUCUAUUUUAAUUAUUUUUUGGGCUGGAGAAAUGACUCCGUGGUUAAGAGUACUGGAUGCUUUUCCAGGGGACCUGAGUCCAAUUCCAAGCACCCAUGCGGAGGCUCAUAAGCACCUAUAAUUAUAGUUCCAGGGUCUCUGAUGCCCUCUUGUAGCCCCCACUGGCACCAAACAUACAUGUGGUGCACAGAUAUACAUGCUGGCAAACCAUCUAUUCACAUACAAUAAAAAAAUUUUUAAAGUCUUUUUCUUGUCUUUGGAUGUAGGUUCUCGUGUAGCCCAUUCUGACCUUGAAUUUUUGAAACUCUUAGUUCUUUUAGCCGCAUCUGAGAAUAAGGAGGAGCUCUCCAAAAGGCAUCAGGUUCUGUUAAUAAGGCUAGCAACAUACUAUAUAUAGUCUGCCCUUACAUACCAUGUCUCUGAUUAUUUUGCCACUCAAACCCCUUCCCCCAUGAAGAAAAGAACUUGCAUGAAUGCAAGUUGUUGUGUUAGUUGCUGGUUUAUUUAGAAACAGCUUGACACAUAUUUUUCAAACUUGAAUGGUUUUUGGAGGUUGUAUUUAGGGUGAUCAGGAGACAUGUGUCAUGUUUUCUGAUAUGCUGUCAGAGUUAAUGCACAUAGAUUUUAAGCACAGGCCUGAAAUUGAAAUUCCCAAGGGCAGAAUUUGGUUUGCGUGUUAGAAUUGGUGAUGUUUCAAUUUGUCUUCUCCACGUCUUAAUUAGGGUGAGUGGCAGAGUCUUUGGAUGCUCAGUGCUGUCUCCCCAUCUGAUAACAGCCACUUGUAAAUUGAUCCAUUUGAUAGUUUUGUUGAAGAUCAAUUGUUUGUUGAAAGAGAUCAUUUCAGCUGCUAUUUCUUUUCUUUCUUUUUUUUUUUUUUUCCCCUUGGUUUUUUUCAAGACAGGGUUUCUCUGUGUAGCCCUGGAUGUCUUGGAACUCACUUUGUAGAUUAGGCUGGCUUCAAACUCAGAAAUCCGCCUCCCAGUGCUGGGAUUAAAGGUGUGCGCCACCACCACCAGGUUUAUUUGUCCUUUUCUUAUGGAGAUCAUUUUGAUCGUCUCCCACUCCUGCUCCUGUUUGCUUGUUCAGACUUGCUCUGUGCGCAGUCCUCUCGUUGUUCCUUCUCAGGGCCCCACCGUUCUCUUCUCCCAUAGAGCCUCUUUAUUCUUCCCUCGCGUGUACUAACCCAUGUAAUGCUCCAUACAGCAAAGUGUUUGCAAGUAACUCCAUGUUCUGGAACCUGUGCUGCAAGUAAGCAAGCCAUGCUGCAGUUGCCAAUAAAUGGUCUGCACCAAGCACACUGUUGUAGAGAAGCUGACACUAAAGUUAGCGAGGGCUGCAGUCCUCAGGCCAUGCAGCACAUGACCUUCAUGUCCUAGCAAAACUUUGGAUGUUAUUUUUGGAAGUCUCCAAGCCUCCCAGAAUUCCAGCUUCUCUGAGCAUCGUGUUCUUUAUUGGUCUAUACUUGCUCAUUAGUCCAGUUUAGUGGGCCUUGGCUUUCUAGGCAUGGUUUUUCCAUGGCACUAGAAAAACUGUUAUCCGAAUUGCCUACCAAUAUGUUCUGUGGGUACAUGAAACAUAUUUAAUUCAAUUUUUAAAAAAAAGUUUCAUUUUAUCUUCUGUAUGAGUGUUUUGCCCACAUACAUAUAUGCAUAUACAUAUAAAUAUAUACACACAUAUACACACACCACAUAUGUGCCUGGUGCCCAAGGAUGUCAGAAGAAGGUAUCCAAGCAUCUGAUGUCUUGAAGCUGCUGUUAUAGGCAGUCCUUAACCUUUAAGAUAGGUGCUGGUAACCCGAACGCUGGCCUUCUUGAAUAAAGAGCAGUAAGUGCUCUUAACUGCUGAGUCAUCUCUCCAGCUUGCUUUCUUUCUUUCUUCCUUCCUUCCUUCCUUCCUUCCUUCCUUUCUUUCUUUCUUUCUUUCUUUCUUUCUUUCUUUCUUUUUUCUUUUUUGAGACAGGGUUUCUCUGUGUAGCCCUGGCUGUCCUGGAACGCAUUCGGGUUUUUAAAAGUAACUUGCAGGGUUGAAAAGAAAGGCCCCCAAGGUCAUGUGAUGUCUAUCUGUGCUUUGUGAGGAAUUCCCACAACUGGCCAUGUAGCCUGUGUCCAAGAGCCAGGGUGGAGCUCCUGUGCCCCCAAAGCAGCACAUGCUGUGUUUAGAGAUGACUGGGGUGUUGGUUUGAGUCCACACUAGCUGAUGGAGAAUGGCGAGGGGCACCAUCUGCACUUGUCACGUGGUUGGUGUUACAGAGGACUAUUUCCUAAUGCUUAUCUGAGCACCUGCUUUACCUCCUCCUUACAGCCACAUCGAUUCAAGAAUUUGUUGUCCUUUCUUGCUAAAAGAACUGCCACCCACUGACUGUUAAGACAUCCUGUCCUCUCAAAUGAGCCAAGGUACUGGGUGGGUUGGCAUUAUCCCCACUGAGCUAAGGGGAAAUUGAGUCCUGGAGGCAGUCAAGGCCAUACACACAUACAGGUCAGAGUCAAAUUGUGUCUGACACCAGAUCUAGCCUUUCUGUUUAACUCUAGGCUUUCUCUUUGGGGUUCCCAGCAUUCUGAAGUUCUUUAUUACAGCAUGCUAAGAAAUGCUCUUAUUAAUCUUGGCAUCUCCCAUAGCACUUACUUGAGAGUGAGUGUGAGACUUGAUGUGUGCCCAUACUGUCCUGUCCUGUGGAAAAGGGAGAUCACCGACUACAUCUGCCAGUGUGGAAUCUCUAGAACGAAGUCCUUCAGUGGCCCUCCCCACUCCCUGCCCCUUCAUUUUAUCCUUCCUCAUUUAGGCAUGAUGAGCUUCUACUCUGAACCAUGUGAUUUCACAGAAUUCACAUUCAGGAUAUGAUAGGUGGUAGCAUGAAGGAAAUCAAUGGUGGCAAGAAUGAGGCUUUGUUGUAUGUGCUGGAAAGUCCCACCCAGGGGAACCCUUCUGGAGGAAGACUUGAGAGGUUUGCAGGGUCGAGGUGGAAAGGGCCUGGUUAGCGUUUGAGCUGAUGUGGCCAUGCCAGAGUGGACCAGAGCAGUACAGUGGCAAGUUGAUUAAGAUCAGGCACAAGAUGAGUGGCUUUGUAUUUUUAAAAUCACAGAGAGGCAUGGCAGCUAAAUAGAAUUGGUGAUGGGGUCGGGUAGGCUGUGUAUAAACAGUAGUACAGGUUGAGUUUCCCUAAUCUGAAGACUCAAAAUUGGAAAUGCUUCAAAAUCUAAAAGUAAACUGGUAGGAUUUAUACAAAUAUUCCAACCCUUUCCCCAAACAAGAAAACAAACAACAGCUAGUAAGUUUGAAAACUCCUGGGACCAUGCAUUUCCUCUGCAGCAAGUAUUCACUCUGUAGUGGGGGAAAUUGUGAAUUUUUGGAAGAUUCAUAAUGUAUUCCAUUUAUGGAAUGGAUAUUUGAUGCCCCAAGCUUGAUGACCCAUUUUUUUAAAAACUUAUUUGGUUUUUUGUUUGUUUGUUUGUUUUGUCUUUUUUUUGUUUUUUUGAGAUUAUAUUUUAAUUACAACAUUUAUCCUUUUCCUUCCUCUGAACCUUCCCACACCCUUUUCCCUCUCUUUUUUAAAUUCAUGGCCUCUUUUCAUUGGUUGAUAUUGCAUGGAUAUAUGUAUUUGUGUAUACAUAUAUUCCCAAAUAUAACCUGUUAAAUCCAUAUAAUGUUACUUGUAUGUAUAUUUCCAGGGUUAUUUAGCACUGGACAACUAAGUGGUAUCUGAUCUUAUUUUUAAGAGGUGUUAAUUAAGACAAGAGUAUUUGCAACUUGCCGGGCGUGGUAGUGCUUGCCUUUAAUCCCAGCACUCGGAUGGCAGAGGCAGGCGGAUUUCUGAGGCCAGCCUGGUCUACAAAGUGAGUUCCAGGACAGCCAGAGCUAUACAGAGAAACCCUGUCUCAAAAAAAAAACAAAAAAAACAAAACAAAACAAAAAAAACAGGAAAAAAAAAAGAGUAUCUGCAACUUAAUCUCAAAUGGAAGGUAGGGCAGGAUGGGAGAGAGGUAGAGGGGACAAGCCAGGAGCAUAGAUAAUUAUCACAGUAGACUUGCAACUUUUUACGUUUCAACUUUUUCCUAAAUAAAGCUUUUUGCUAUUUUUGAGGUAGGGCUUGACUGCAAACUUAGGGUCCUCUGUUUUGGUCUUUCUUAGCUUCCAUAAUCAUGAAUUACAGCCAUGUACUACCAAACCUUGUUUGUGGGAUACUAGGUAUCAAACAAACCCAAGACAUCAUGUGUGCUAAGUAAGCACUCUCCCAAGUGAGUUACGUCCUCUUUAAGUUGCCUUCUAAAAUUGGAAAGCCACAUACAGGUUUAUCAUAGAAGAAAUCUCUGUUGUCAUAUCCUGCAGCCCUAAGGAAGUAAAUGACAAGAUAGCUGGGGUGGGUGACUGCUGUUGACUGUGUUGUCUUUCAGUGAUUUUUCUCAAUUACUCUGUGUCGGUUUUGUAAUCAGCAAAUAGCGAAUGGAGAGGUCACUUCUCUGUGCAAAAUAUAUAUUGUUUGUGCAUUAUUUUACAUCAGUCUUGUUUAGAAUAGUAUUCAGGCUCAUUAGAAUUUAUUAGAAAGGACAGAUUUUUCCCACACAUACCUCCUACCUGUCGAGUGUACUGCCUCCCCUAUUACAGCACUUGUACCAGAGUGAUUGGUUUGUUACUGGGGAGCCAAACUGGAGACAUCAGUAACACCUGAAGUUCAGAGUUGCCCUUAGUCUUCAGUUUGGUGCUGUAUGUUCUGUAGAUAGGAGUUAAAAUUGUUUCAGUUACUUAAAAUUUUGUAUGUUAAAUUGUAAAUGCCAGUAUGUAUUUCACAGAGAUAAAUGUUGGAUAAGCAAAUAUAACACAAGCUGGAUAUGGUGACACACAUCUGUAAUCUGAUCUCUCAAGGGGCUGAGGUAGUAAGACUGAGAGGUUGAGGUCAUCGAGGCCUACACAAUGUGACCUUGUAUACAAUACAGCACCACCAAGGAGACCUCUGCUUUGUGAACAUCCCUUAUGCACAGCAAGAGUUUGGUGGUGCCGAGGCAAGGCACCAGUCAGCCCCAGGCUGUGGAUUCCCAGUCAUACAGAAGUAGAUAGCACAGCUGGCUGCUCGUCAGCUUUGUUUGGCUAGUCCUGGGAGGACUUAUCAAAAUAGCCUGGGCCAGUGAGACCACCUCUUAAGUAAUUUACCAUGGCAUUGCAAAGUGACUCUAAAAUAAAUCUCCUUGGACAUUUGACUUGCUGUUUCUUGGCCUUUCCUUUUGAGGUGGGGUCAUGGCAACUCGUACUGUACUGUACUGUACUGUACUGUACUGUACUGCUGCAUCUUCAUGCAGAUGCUUCCCGGAAAGGCCACACUUAGACUUAACAAAUGAAACCUUUUCAUUCCCAAGAGGAACUUGUCAUACCAAAGCAACCACGUUCAGAUCUCUAAUUCCUAUUCCUUCCUAGUGUGUACCGUUUUAUUCAUGUAGAAUAAACACACAGCCUCAAACUUCUUACAAGGCAAAUAGACUCCUUUUUAAUUAACGGCUCUAUAUACAGAAUUUUAUCAUCAUGAAAUUUAUAAGCCAAAAAUGGAACAAAUAUUUACCCUGGUAGUUUCAUGUCAGCAUUACCCACUAUUAGAAACGCUGAGAAACUGUCAAUGAACCCACCUCCCUCCUUAAAUCUGGUAGGAGUUAAUCAGGCUCCAACCUCCUAGUCCUUGGGUCAUCUCUCUUGUGAGAUUCCCAUAGGGAAUGGGAAGGGACAUGCAGCUUCUUUCUCUGUGGGUGGAUACACUUGUCACAUAGACUUGUUUCCAAACUACUAAGUUUCCUUUUCUUAUUAAUUAAAAUUUGUUUUUUAAAUGUGUGUGUGUAUGGGUGUAUUGUCUGUGCACCCUGUGCAUGGUUGGUGCCUGUAGAGGCCAGAAGAUGGUGCUGGAUUCCCUGAAACUGGAACUAUAGAUCACCAUGUGGGUGCUGGGAACCAACCCUGGGACCUCUGGAAGAGUGUAUGUGUGUACACAUGCGAGUAUGUAUGUGCGUGUGUGUGUGUAUGUCCCCUCACCCCCACACCAAGUCCUUUCUUAUACUCUUCCCAUUCCCAUUGAUUCCCUCUCUCUCCACUCCUAAACAUUCUUCUACUUUGAUGUAUGUAUAUAUGAUGUAUGUAUGUAUUUUUUGUGAACCAGUGGUUUUGAUUAGAGUUAGUAGUUACAGGAACGUACUAGUUGUUAUACUUCUGAAAAAAUAUUUCUCUUCUCCUAGCAACCAUUAGUUAGGUUGGGAUCUGAACAAUAACAGUAUAUGGUCUUAAUCACUGAUCUCUCUCUCUUUUUUUUUUUUUUUUUUGGUUUUUCGAGACAGGGUUUCUCUGUAUAGACCUGGCUGUCUUCGAACUCACUUUGUAGACCAGGCUGUCCUCGAACUCAGAAAUCCACCUGCCUCUGCUUCCCGAGUGCUGGGAUUAAAGGUGUGUGCCACCAUGCCCGGCUCACUGAUCUGUUUCUUAAGCUCUAGAACAUGUUUGUUUUUAGGGGUUAGCUGCUAUAGUAGUUAUCAUAAAGAAUAAUUUUUUUGUUCUGACAGAUCUUUUGUUCCAAGGCAAAAUUAAGUCAAGCACUUAAUUUUGAUUAAGUGAUGAAAUUUUUGUGUCUGUGAGGACAAUGUGACAAAAGAUGACUUUAAAGACAAAAUGUGUGAGCUUGGGAGCUAUGAAGUGGCUCAGUGGGUAAGAACACUUGGAAUGUGUGUGAGCAUUUGUCUUUGGAUUCUAGCCCCUUUGUAACAAGCUGCCCUGGGCCUGUAAGUGUGCCUAUAACCUCAGAGGUGGGGAUCUUGCUGACUGCCAGCCUGGCAGGAAAAAUGUGAUCUGGGAGAGACCCUGCCUCAAAGAAAUGAGGCAGAGUGAAAGAAGAGGUCAUCUCACAUCCUUCUCUGGCUUCUGUGUGUGUGAAGAGGUGCACACACCCACGUGAACACACACCCUCGUGGACAGAGUGUGUAUGAAAAUGUAUGUACACCUACAGGUAUACAGUGUGUGUGUGUGUGUGUAUGUGUGUAUGUGUAUGUGUAUGUGUAUGUAUGAAGACGUGUGUACACCCAUAUGGACACAGCACUCAUACUGUAUUCAUAUACAUGAGACACAUAAAAGGAUUUCUGUGAGUUUAAGGCCAACCUGGUCUACAUAGCCAGUUCCAGGCCACCUGUGAAUAUUCAAAACUAAACCCUGUCCUAGUAAAACAAAACACAAAUCUGGGUGUGGUGGUACAUGGCUGUCAUCGUGAGACUUAGAAGAUUGGAGUCAAGAGGAUCAGGCGUUGACAGCCUCAUUUCAUCUAUGUAAAGAGCUUGAGGCUGCCUGACUUGUGUGAAGCGUCGUUUUAAUACCCUUCCUUACUUACCAAGGGGGAAAAAUGGUGAACGAAAAGUCCCAACUGGUUCCAGAAAAAGUUUGCUUAAAUAUAUUGGGAUAACUGAAGCGGGGGUGGGGGGCGGGGGUGUGGUGAGGGUGGGGGGGAGAGGGAAGCUGUGUGAUUGUGCAGCUUCCUGUACUUGCUGGGGCUGCGGGAGGCACUUUUGUUUGUUUUCAUUCAUUUACCGUGAAUGGUGAUUGUGCCCUGUAUGCAGCUCCACAAGGACUUUAAGGCUGGGUUGCUUGGGUUAUUAAAAUAUGUUUAAUAAGCUAAGCUUUUUCAAAACCUCAAAAAUAAUUAAGAUGCAAGAACAGAUAAGCCCAAUGUCUAGAAUGAAUAAUUAAUUUGUAAACAUUCUAGAUGCUGAGGAGGAAGGAAGAUGGUGGCUUAUACAAUUCCUGUUGUUAGGUCAGGACGCAGAGAAGGUGAAGCAGAGAAAAUUGUUUCCUUUUUCUUUUUCUCUCUGAAUAUAGGGUCUAUUUUGGAUUCUGAUCCUGUAUAGGCAACACUGAGUGGUAGCGUUGCAGCCUUUUUUUUCUCCCAUGCUGCUUUCUGCUUCCAAUUAAAGGGACACACCAAUCAUAUAUAAUAAUUAUAUAUAAAUAUAUAAUAAAAUAUGGUGCUACUGAAAAAGGAAAACUGUAAACAAGGUAGGGAAGCAUGUAUUGAAAUCAAGUCUUGAAUGCUAAUAUAUAUAAUAUAACCCCCGAGUAGAUGCCUCUCAUGCUUCAUCCCUUUCAAACCACAGCUCAGUAGAAACAUUUCUGUCAGGAGCUGUAGUGCUACUGAGCUUAGCGAGCACUGGGCGCCUCAGAUUGUCUGUAGUAGGUAUAUACGGCAGGCAUCCCUGUUUAAGAACCUCAGAGAGUAAUGGGGUUAUCCGAUUCACUCUGUACCCCUUCAAGAAGCGAAUGUGUAUUCAGUUGGGAUUAGGAUAAAGAUGUAGCUCAGAGGAGAGGUGGAAUAUUUGUCUCACGUGUGAGGCUAGGGCUUGAUCACAUGUAACGAUUUACUGAUACACUGUCGUACACAGUGGUCAGCCAGGAAGACUCAGCUUACACUCAGCCAGUGUACACAACUGAUGUUGGUGCUGUACAGAACACCUUGGAGUGCAAAGGAACGAGGCGAAUUUGUUGUCUAUGGAAAGCUUUACAGAGAAAGGUAACUUAUGGAUAAGGUUCUAGGUAGAGGAAAUAGGAAGAUGAAAGACUGGGAGUCCUGCCGUGGAUAUAGGUUUGGGCGAUGGUAAGCAGUACUUGACCAGCGCGUGUGUGAUUCUGUGUGCUAGGGAAUGAAGCUGUGAGCCAUAUUGAGUGGUUACCCAGGGAUGGUACAUGGUCUCAGUCCUCAGGAGCCUGAGGCAGGGGAAUGGAGAACUUGAGAUUAGUCUGUGUUGUACUGAACUGUGUGUUUCAAAAGUAAAAAGUGUAAAGAGUUUGUGCAGGCUUGAGGCAGGAAAGCGAAGGUCUGAGUGUGAGUUUCAUCACUGGGGUGUUGACCUUGGGGGAGAGAGAGAGGCAGUCUGCUGAUUGAGGGAAGAGUACAGUGGAUAAAUUGAUGAUAUACUAAAGUAUAAGCACUAAGUUGUGUGGGUUGAAGGAUGAUGGCUGCAAAGGAGAGGAGAUUCUUAGCAAAUAACUUAAAAAUAUUUUUAUAUACAAAUGUAUAUACUACCUUGCUAUCUCGAACUUAAAAAGAAAUCUUUGGUUUUUUGUUGGUUUGUUUGUUUGGUUUGGCUUAAUUUUCUUCACAUGUAUUUAUUUAUCAUCAUGUACAUAUGUGUGUACAUUCUGAGUACCACAGUACAGGUGUGGAGUCAAACAGCAACUCUGAUCAUCAGGCUUGGCAGUAGGGACCUUUACCCCGGUGCUGAGACUGCAUGUGUGUCAUCAUGCCUGGCUUGUGUUUCUCUAUGUCAUAUCCGUGCCCUUGCUCUUACCUAGUUCUGGAGAGGGACAAUUGUGUUAAACUGCUUGUGGCUUCUUCACAUCCCUGAGGUAGAGGCAGAGUGUGCCCGUGGGCUUGGCCGUGGUUUGGAUUCUGGUGCUUUGUUUCCAACUCUGUGUAUCUGGUUCUUCCACAUCAUCCCUGUGCCUCAGUUUCCUCAGACCUGUUGUGCAAACUCUAAUGUUCAUGGGAACGUUGAGGAAAAACUUUUUGUUGUUUUAAAAUACAAUAUCUCUCAGAAAGGUAUGUGGCAUUUUAAUGAGGCCUUUGAAUUUUUUCAUUUAUUAAAAAAAAAAAAAAAAAAAAGCCUGAACCAAGCUGAACCUGCUAUGGUUAAAAGUAUGAGACUAAUGUACCAUUCCAGCUGUUUUCCGUGACGACUUUUAAGCCUGAGUGACUGCUGGCUCUUUCUUAGGAAGCAUCUCAGAUGCUUUAGUUAGGCAUGUGUUCAACUCAGCUUUUUAAGUGGGAUAUUAGACAAGUAGGGCUUCUUUGUCCCUUGGAGGCAGCAGUUGUAGGCAGUGGCCCACUGCUGUUAGAGCCAGCUGCCCACAGUGGCUUUAUGCCUUCGAGACCCAGCAUCUCUGCAGCUUCCUGCUUCACUGUCUUUUGCAGAGAAGUUUCCCUCAUACCACACUUCGCCCAGGGUAGCUUCUUCAUGCACAGGCUCUGCCUUUCUGUCCCAUAGGAGAAAGGGGAAAGGUCCAAGGGCAACAGCAUGAGCUGUGUUCUCCAGAACUGAUGCUGUCCCCAGAGGCUGCCUCGUCUGUGUUUCGUUGGCUAGAGCUGCAUCAUGUGGCAUCCCUGGCAUGAGGUGGGGCUUGGCCAGUAUCUCUGUGUCAGGGAUCUGGCUUCUCAGUCUCUGGUUAAAAACUAAAGGGCACAGGUGCUGGGGAUGGUUUGUGUCAUUCAAAAUGCACCUUAGUUGAAACUACAGCAUUAUGAUGUAGUUACAAGUUCAUAGUCGUAUCCAGGGGCACCCUGUUUGCCUAGGGCCACGGUAUUUCUGUAGCUGAACAGUUAGUUAGUUGUAAGGAAACCAGCAUGGUUUGGUGUUUGGUCUGUCCCUUGAUCCUCCAUGUCCUUAAAAUAUGGAAGGGAGUUAUCUUUUAAGGCAGGAACAACCAAGAGAGACUGAAGAGUAGGUAAAUCAUUUGCUGUGAGAAGUAAGUGGAAAGGGAGAAAGCCCGAGGCAGGACUCUGUGGGAAUUGCUUAGUGCUUAGGAGAUACUCAUAAGAGAUCUGAGGGCUAUCUUGUCCCCAAAUUCAGGGACUCUUUCUGGCAGCAGCCUGAGUUUCAUGCUUGCUCACAGGAGCCUUUCUAAUGGGAUCAAACUUGCUUUCCUAGUCUUUUGCCAACAAAGAAGUAAUGUCCUCUGGACAUUCUUUGCCUCCCCCUCACCCCCCCCCCCCAUGCUGUCUACACUCUUGUGGAUUUGUACCAUAUGUUUUUAUUGUUGUUACUGAGGUAUAAUUCACAUCAUGAAUUUAUGCCUUUAGUGUUCAACUCAGUGGUUUCGUAUACCCACAGAGUCAUGUAACCAUCACCGUUUUCUAAUUCCAGAACACUUUGAUUACCCCAGAGUGAAACCUCACACUCAUUAGCAGUCACUGCCCAUUCCCUGCUUCCCUCAGCCCCUGGCAACCACUAAUCUACUUUGUGUCUCUAUGGAUUUGCUUAUUAUAGACAUUUAACAUAAAGAGUCAUGUAGUGACUGGCCUUUUGUGGCUGGCAUCUUUCACUAAGCAUACCGUUUUCAAGUUCAUCUGGAUCAUAGCACAGAUCAGUACUUCAUUCCUCUUUACUGUACAUCAAUCCCACAUUUUGUUUAUCCAUUCGCUGCUUGAAAGGUUUUAGCUAUUUAUGAACAGUGCUGCUGUAAUCAUUGUGCACAACUAGGGACUCACUGUAGCCCAGUGAGUCUCAAAACUUGUGACCCUUCCAGCUUAGAUGCCUGAACGUUAGGAUUGCAGAUGUGUCCCACUGUUCCUCAUCUUCUGCAAGCUUCUCUGUGAGCGCACACUUUUCUUUCCCCUGCAUGUGAACCACGAGUGAAAUAGCUGGAUCUUCGGUCACAUCACACUGUGCCUCCCUUUUCUAGGUUGGGGAGUCUAGGGAUAUCCCUAACCUGGAGGGGUAGCUUUGAUAGUCCCUAUUAGCUUUAAAGUUUGAAUCUCACUUGAGUGAAUCAUUUCUCCAAGAUGUGAGGCUUAUAAACAUCAGAGCUGUCUCUAGUUGAUCCUCUGCUGCUGGGAUUCUGUGGGACCCAACUGAGAUGAUUAUGUAGUGAGUUGAUGCUAUGGCCUCAAGCCUCUUGCUUUUGCCUGCUGUCAACACCCCAUGCCUCCUCUGCACCACCAUUUAAUCCUCACCCUGUCAAAAUACAAGGAUCUAAUCUCUUACUCACAGAUACUUUCUCCUUUGUUUGGACUUUUUAAAGGUGGUUUCGCUACGUAGUCCACUGGCUUCAGACCAGAUCUUCCUGUCUUUGCUUCUGAGUGCUAGAGCCACCGCUAUGGGCUCAUUUCACUCAAGUUUUCAUUACACUGAAAACAGUUGUGUAUUGUAACAUGACACGUUAAACUCUGUUGCAAGGCAACACACGUGCGUCUGUGGCAUUUCAGACUCCAGGGCUUUUCUUUCACAUCCGGCUGACUUCUGAUUGGGCUUGAGAACAGCCAUACACCAAGUCUCUGGUGGGUGACACAGGAUGGAGAGAUAGGGUCUCAGAGGAAAUGUCUCCCUCCUAGUCUUUACCUGAAGCUGAGGCCUAUAGGGGCUGUGUCUGCCCAGGCUGCAGGGAUUCCAUCUUUUUAACCCCUUUGCCCUUCUUCAGGAUGACCCCUGCCUCCCACCCUUUCUGCCCAGAGUCCCCCUUUUUAAAUUUCUUUUUUCUCUUUUUAGUCUGUCCCACCGCCUCUUCCUUAACACCAUCCUAAGUGUCUGAUACGUAUUUGCCUUUUUGGCUAAUGUUUGACAUUAAUUUCAUUCUUCUCUUAUCCGAUAACUCUGGAACUCAGGUCUGUGCUUCUCAAUUCUCACCUCUUGUAAUUAAGUUUUGUGAAAAAGAAGUGUGACAUUCAGAUAUAUUCUCUUAUUAGCAAAGGUAUUACUCGGUAUUCGACUAGAACUGUGCAUCUGUAAUGAGUUGUUACUCUCUGAAUACUAAUGCAACUUAGAAGAAGCCUUUCUUUGUUAAAGACUUUUCCUCCACAGGCCGCAUAUUUCCAGGCCUAUUUCAUAGUUAGUCAUUUGUGGUUUUUGAGGUAUGUCAGUGGAGAUGCUCCAGCCAGCACACCCAGAUCCUGUUAAAUAAAUAAACAUGUGAGAUUGCUUACUUUUAAAAAAAUUAUCUUUGUUUAAAAGUUAAUUUUGUCCCUAAUGCCAGAGUAAAAAAAUUCUUUAGUAUUUAAGAGACCUGAAAAUACUAACUAAAACAUUUUGUUUUGCCUUCUAGGCAUCUUUUCUAAGGGCUUGCUUGGUUCACAUAAUUUUUCUAAAUUUUAAGAAAUUCAGAUCAGAUUUAGUAAUGUGCCUAUAGUACACUCUUGGUGACCAUAUGGGUUUUCUUUAUUAAGACCAGCUAAAGAAUAUGUACAUGAAUGAUAGCACACAUGUGAGAUAGUGCUUUUUUUUUUUUUUUUCCUCUUGAGCUCCUGAGAGUUUACAGAGAAAUUGCAGUGGGAUAAGGAUGCAUGUGCGAGAUGAAGGCAGUGGGAUAAGGAUGCAUGUGUGAGAUGAAGCUAGUGCUUGCUGCUCCUCCAUUUGUUCUCCUCAGACCAAGGUCAACACCUGAACUCCCUGGAACGGCUUGUGCCAUGUCCUCAGGGUUUAGGACCCCAGGACCCUGAGGUUGAGGGGCAAAGUAGCCAGCCCUAAGCCCCCUUAUAUUAUUUUUUGCUUUGUCAUAGAGCAUAGAUCCUCCCAAAGGAAAAAGUAGUUUGUUUUUAGGAUGUUCAAAGACAAAUAGUGUCAAGUACAAAGGAUUAUCAGCCUUAGGACUGAGAGAUUUGAAGGAGGGGGAAAGGGCAAAAUGAUGCCAAGUCUUGGCUGCCCAAGAUCUCCCUGCCCUCCUGGCAGUAUUUUAGGGAUGUAUUUCCUUUGACCGCUUCUUAACGCAAGUCAGCAGUCUAAGAAUCUUGCAGAAGGACAGACGGGGUAGGCCCUCGUGAAUCCUUCAGAUAGAGCAUACCCCAUUAAGAAGCUGGGCAUGAUCUCAGAUUUCAACUCUGUUAUGGUGUGAUGCUGUGGCCAGCCCAGUGGGACCAUCACAAACACCUCAGAGAACUGUAGAAUGAGACUGUAUUUUAUAUCUUGAGACUAUUCAAUUAUUUAUUGUUUCUUCUACUACUCAUAUGCCUGUCAUCCAAUGCUGUUUUGUUAAAAAUUGUCUGCAUGUUGAGGAUUGGUUCUAAUGUUUUAUCUUAUUUCGAUUCCAAAAAAGCCAAGUUUCCAGACCUGAGGUCCCUGGCCCCAGCUGGAUUUGACUGAUAAUAAAGAAUUGCCAUACAGCCAAUGGCUGGGCAGAAGGACAGAGAUAAGACUUUCAGAUUUCAAGGGCGAGGGGCCAGAAAAGAGGAAGAAUUUCCUUGACAGGGAAGGAGAAAGAUGCUGCUUCCCCUGUUGGGUCUGGGGUAGCAGAGAUGAAAUACAGAUUUUAAAAGAUGUUACCACAGGAAUUUCAGAGGUGGGGGUUGUUUGCUAGCCACAGGGAAAUUUAGAAGUGCCCAGCCAAUGAGCUACUCAAGGCAUAUCAAAAUUAGCUGGUGUGUGUGUGUGUGUGUGUGUGUGUGUGUGUGUGAGUGUGGUAUCUUUCAUUCGAGAAUCUAGAGAGCUCUUGGGCGCAUGCGUAGCAUGCAUAAGACCUGCCAGGAGCCAAAGGCUUAACUAAUUCAUUGCUACAGUUGUCCACUGUUUACUGUUUCUCUCAUUGCGUCACUGUAAAUAGGAAAGUUCUUACAUUGAGGUGUUGAGGUGUCACCGUCCGGAACUUUUUUGCCCUUGUUGAAUGAGUCAUGGUGUUUCUACAUGUCCAUACAAAGAGUACAUGGUUUCUCUUGUGUGUUUGUUUGGUUUGAAGGGGGAAAGGCAAAGUGAUAAGUAAAGUGGACAUCUCUGAGAUCCCAGGUUUUUAUUGACUCUACUCCUGGCUGGCCUGGAAUGAAAACACACACACACACACACACACACACACACACACAGAGUCUGGGGUGGCCUCCAUCUGCCUGCUGAGUGCUGGAAUUAAAGGCGUAUACUAUCACACCCGGCCGAUCUUUUUUCUUUUAACAAAAAUUUUGAAUCCAUUUGUUUAUUUUGUGUGUAUGUGUGUGGAUAGACACAGGCUGGAGAAUCACUCAAGGAGCAGUUCUUCCCUUCUACCAUGUUAGUUCAGGUGUGGGACUCAGAUGGUAUCAGGCUUGGCAGGCACCUUUACCUGCUGAGCCGCCUUGCCAGCACUACUCUCUUCAGUUCUUACUUAUGUAUUUUAUAUGUUAAAGAAUGUUGUUAGUGGAUAGAAGAGACAGAGACAACAUCCUACAGAGAUUUUGGGUUUGCUCUGUUCUAUUUUACAUUCUUUCUCUUUUUAAAAGUUACUAUAUUUUUAUUUUAUCUGUGAGUGUUUUGCCUAAAUAUAUGUCUGUGUACCAUAUGUAUGCCUGGUGUCAUAUCCUUAAGAUGAAGUCAGAAGAAGGCACCAGAACCCGUACAGUUAGAGUUAACAGAUAGUUGUGAACCGCUGUUUAGGCACUGGGAAUCAAAUGCGGGCCGUUUGGAAGAGCAGCAUGCACUCCUAACCACCGAGCCAUCCGUCUUUCCCGCCCCUGCAUUCUUACAUAACAUUUUCUUGGCUACUUUUUGCUUAGCAUCAAAUUCUCUAAUCUUUGAAGAGCUGCAUAUUUUGGCUUUUAUGCACACUAAAACCCAGAAAUAGACUUUUUUCCCUAGGAGUUUGCAUAUUAUGCUUAAUCCAAGACAUUAAGAAUUAAAUAAAGAUUAGUUUUCUAAAUGACCAUUAGCUAGACAUUUUAUCUGUCAGGAGAGAGGAUUCAUGCAACUCCAAGAAUGCAUUGCCCUCUGCAUACUAUAUUAAUUUUGGCAGCUCAGAGAUAAAUGAACUUGAGCUGUGCUCCAAUUUUUCAUUGCGAGGAGACAUACAUUAUUAUAAAAGCUCUUCUCAUCUGCAAGAGUGUUUCUUUCUGUUGUUUUAAUUAAACGAACGGUUUAAAAAUUAAUUAUGACAUUUUGAUGAUCUGAUACUGGCUGGGAGUAAGGAUAUUUUCUCAGGAUUUAUGAUGCAUCCAGAACGGUGCUAUUCAAAGGAAUUCUGACAAAGCAAUUGUUCUCUCUGAGUUUUUGCAUCCCUCAAUUUAGUAGCCACCAAGUGUAACGACUUGUGAAACCAAGAGACUAAUGUUUUAGUUUUUGUUAAAAUAUCUAUUAGUCUCAUGGUCAACAGACAGAACAAAUAAAGAAUAAUGACAUCCUGAGGCUCUCAGGUUUUGUUUUUUGUUUUGUUUUUGAGGGGGCGUGUUGAAAGUUUGGGCUGGUUAAGAGUAAACAAUGAACAGUAUUGUGAGAUACAAAAACUUUUUAAAAAGAUGAUGCAGGUUGAGCUGGGGAGAUAGUUCUGUUGGUAAAGUGCUUGCCUGGCAAGCAUGAGGACUUGAGUUUGAUCUCCAAAACCCAUUUAAAAAGCUCAGUCUGGUGUACACACGUGUAACCCCAACACUGGAGAGGCUGAUCCCCGGGCCGUCUGAUGCCAGCACAGCCAAUGUUCCACAGUUAGGAGUUCCAUAAUGUUAAGUUGAAAUACAGUUAAGAGACUAUUUCAACAAAACAUGGCAUCUGAGACUGAUAGCUAGCCCCUCCCUCCCGCACAUGAUCAUGAGCACGCGCACCCCCCCUCCCCCAGUCCGGUAUGCAGUUCUGAAGGGCACACAUCACAUCUGAAUGUGAGGGAAUAGAGGCAGAGUUAGCAGGCUUCCAACAGAGAAUGGGGUGAUGCUGGUUCGGGAAUUUAGCCAUGGUUGGUAAAGUCCCAUCUUUUAGUCUUUGGUCUGAACUAGUGUCAGGCUGACUAGGUUGGCACAUUUAAGUAAGUUGCUUCUGCCCAAGAUAUUUAGAAGGGAACUGAACCUGGCUACACCCUCCUGAAAUGACACACAAGCCUGGCUGGCACAGUGCUGUCCAGUACUUGUUCUUUUGAGAGAUGGGAUCAGGAUAGUUGGCACAAAGCAUUGCCUGGCCAGAAAUCACAAGUUUGUAAAGAAUAGGCUUUAUAUUAGAAGAAUAAUCCUACCUCUGUGGAAGCAAUCUCGGCAUAGAUAAGAAUUGAGUACAUCUGCUUGAAGGUUUGAAGUGUCUGUCACCAAGGACAUCCCCAGAUAAAGACCAACAAUAACCUAGAAGAGCAGUUGGUUAUGUAUAGGAGACAGGGUAAAUAUGAAAGAUGUAAAGAACCUUUUGCAAAUAGGAGUAACUAUUUAAAUUGGUAAAACCGAUAAAAAUGCAUUUUGUAGAAAAAAAUAAGAGCAGCCAGUAAUUACCAAGAGAUGUUUAUCAUUAUUAGUAAUCACUUAUUAGUGAUGGGGAUCAUACAUUAAAGCAAUCAGAUGUUUUUUUGCCAUGAGGUUGACAAACGUUAAAAGGAAUAUUAAUUCUUUAUUGGCAACAGUGAUUGAGAAAUGAAUACACUUGUAUAGUGUGAGCAUGUAAAUUGUUCAGACCUUUUAGACAGUGCUGGAGCAGCUGUAUCAAUAACGUCACAUACCUCGAUCUGGUAAUUUUGCUCAUUUUAGCAUAAAUGAAUGGUUAAGUCCUGGAAUGGUCACCAUACAAUGGUACAGCCAUCACAUGGAACCUUACGUAGCUCCUAAAAACUGUAGUGUAGAUCUUUGUGAGAGAACUUUUUGUGGAAACUCAUAAAUUUUUAGUGGGGCAAAAUUCUAAAAGGGUCACAUUUAUGCAAAGUAAAUUUCUUAAAACUAGAUCUAGUUAUAAAUGUAUCAUGGAUGGCAUUGUAAAUGUAUAUAUAAGAUAAAUUCAUUCAGAUUCUGUUAUGUUAGGAAAGAAUUUUCUCAAUGCUGCACAGAGACGUGCAUGAAGGGAAAGGACCCCGGGCACAGCAAUAUUCUGCAGAGGGAGCAGGAGGAGCCUGCUGAGCAAGCGCAGUGGGCCACAAGUGCCGAUGCAGGUGGAGACUGUGCCUCACCUCAUUGGCAGGAGCUCUCCAGUCAUGUGACAGACGUCUCAGGAAUGUCUGGUAGGGAAGUAGGGAGAGUUGGGUAAACAGCAGAUGCGAGAGUUUCACAAGGAGGAAGAGAUUUAUGGAAUUGCUGCCUUAGCCAUUGCUGAAAAAAGAGAUCGUUUCUCACGAUCAGAUUUCAUGGAUUCUAAUACAGGCUUUUUAGAAUGAGUGAAAUCCCAGCACAUCCCUGACAAUUGCUGGCAUGUAGUGAGUGGAGCAUAAUGCACAUGAGAAAUGAAGAGCUUGGCUUGAUGAAAGGUUAUAUGGAAAUACACUGAUAACUGGCGAAGGAAGGGACAGGAUGAGGCUGAGGAGGUGUCCACAGAGGCUUGGCGUCAUUUGCAUUUUAUCUAUAUUUAAAUUCUUCUUACAGUGCAAAUAUAUUCAAUAAUUACAUAAUGAAAAAUGUGAGAGUAUAUGUCUGUUAGAAGAUAACUCUUGCCUGGAUGCCUGUGUCUUCCGAGCCAGUUGUGUGCUGUGACAGUUAGACCUGAUACUUAGCUACCCUGGAGAACUUUUCAUGCCUAGAUGCUGCUCUUAGCCAAGAGAAUUUUCAGCUCCAUUAAGUUAAGUAACUGAAGAUUCAGGUGGUAAGAGAACUGAACACUGACUUCCAAGACUCCGGAGGAGUAGACUCUAGAGCCAGGGCCGCUGACUGCAUGCAGGCGUAACUAGUCAUGUGGGCUUCCAUUGUUGGGAUAGGGAAUUGUAUGGUGAGGCAGGAGACAGGUGGAAUCAAGGAUCCUUAGUUAUCCAGUGCCAUUUUCUAGCUAGAGCACAGCCCUAAUGGGAGAGAGCCAUCUGACUUAGUGGCGUUGUAACUCCCAGAGGUCUUGAGUCAGAGAUGACUACUUAGAAAGGCUCUGGUGAGACACCCAGGGCUUGGGAGGCGGAGGAAGGACUUUGUCUGCCAGGGGGAUCCGGGGAAACCUGACAAGAGGUUAUUUGUGCCGUCACUGGUGGAAGGCAGAGACUGAUUUCCAAGGAAGGACUCAGAGGAGCAAGGACUCAGUGCUGCUCAUAGGCACGAAGGAGGCGAUGGGGAGCGGUGAGGAGACUGGCUGAUGUAGAGAAGAAGUGUACAAGCAAGGAAGCAGGGCUGGCAGCUGACAGGGAGGUUAGACCGGCCGGGCCAGAUGGCCAAGAGCUGAGGAUGGAGGUGCUGGCUCAUUUGUUCCCUCUAAUCUCUAGGCUAAUAUAGAUUUUGGUACCACCAGUUAAAAAUGUCACUCUAGCUCACCUUAUAAGAGCUUUAGAAUAUGUGGCUAAGCCCAGUGUUAAAAGUACGAGGCGUGCUUGUUUUGUACUUCCAUGUAUAAAUGGUUGGAUUUCAAAAUUAUGUGUGUGACACAAACUUUGUUUUCAGUCUCUCUGUCUAACAGUCCCUGCAAACAGCCACCUCACUUUCAGAGGCCAUCUUUGUUAUUCCAUUCACUAAAAAAGCACAGAACUGAACAUUGUUUGUUUGUUUGUUUGUGUGUGGUUUGUUUUUUUUUUUUGUUUUGUUUUUUGUUUUUUCGAGACAGGGUUUCUCUGUGUACUUUGGCUGUCCUGGAACUCACUCUGUAGACCAGGCUGGUCUCGAACUCAGAAAUCCGCCUCCCUCUGCCUCCCGAGUGCUGGGAUUAAAGGCGUGCGCCACCACCCGGCAGAACUGAACGUUUUAUGAGGAGGUGAAAUUGAAUGUUGACACGAACAUAGGCGAGCUCUGAGCCAUGAGCCACACACACACACACAUACACCCCAUGUAGUGCAGUUUGGAACAGGAUCGAUGCUGUUCUUGUGCAGUGGGGCUGGAUUGUAUGGUGACUUGAACAUUUAAUAGCAUUCCCUGGUCCUCUUGUCCCUGGUUCUUGCUGGUCUUACUGUUUAGUGCUACCGUGGUAAGAAGCCUCUAGCUCCUUCCUGCAUUUGGGUUUGGGCUCUGCAGGUGCCGUGCUAAGCUGAGCUGACCUUAGGCAUCUGAACCUUGGGGAGUCAGACAGAAAUGUGGCAAUCUUGUGCUUGUUUUGCCAUUACUGUAAGUUCUUAGAUCUUGGUUUGUUGUUUUUCCACCCUAAGUAGUACAAGGGGUUACUCAUUUAUGUCUGCGAUGUUUUAAAAAUAACACUUUCAUAAGUGUCACAGCAUGUAUUUGUCAUUUUAGUAAAUGGAUAUUUUAAUAGGCAGCAAUUUGCAAAUUCAAACAUAGACAACAUGAUUUGACAUUAAAAAAUUAGAGAAUUUCCUGCCAUCUUUGCCAUCAGCCUUGCAUGGAAGAUUCCAGCCUCUGGGGCUUUAAUUUCUGCUGACUGUGACUGAAAGUCCACACUGUUAUUGGCAUAUAAUGUGAACUGACAGAAACAGCCUUGUUUAUCAUCACCAGUGGCAUUUGGGUGUGUGUGUGUGUGUGUGUGUGUGUGUGUGCACGUGCGUGUGUACGUGCGUGUGCGUGCAUGCAUGUGCAUUGAGUUCUUUAAGAGGGAACCUAAGGACUGCCUAUGGAUAGUUUACCUAAGUGCUCACUGGUGAGCUGUGGCAGCAUUUGCUGUUCUGGCCUCCUGAGUGCUGGUGAGGGCUAGCCUGGAGCUUGAACCUGGACAGUCUCAGGACAGUGUCAAUAGGUUACUGACAUACUCAAGGUUUCUUUUCUGAUAGCACACACAAGUGUGACCGCAGGUACAGGCGGUUUUCAUUUAUGAGUUUGAGAAUACUGAUAGCCUGAGCUACCAUGCGUGCUUCUAAUGAGAACUCUGAGCGCCAUCCCACCCUGUGCAGCAAUGCUGGAUUGCACGGGGACUUGAACAUUUAAUGGCAUUGCGUUUCUUUCAGACUGAGCCUCUGUGGAGUCUUCGACUUGCUGGAGGUUCCUUUGGUGUCUGUAGUCCACUAUCUCAGCUUGGGCUUUAGCAGGCUACUGUCUAAUUAUUUUAUUUGUCUGCCUUGUCACUAAAUGUUUUUUAUAUGUGGCAGGAUGUUAAAGUGCAUUUUCCCACUGUCUCAAAUUUAGGACCCAGGUUCUAAAGCUGCAGAUAGUAGGAGGUAAAUAGCCACACCAUCUGAAAAGACAUCCUAAAGCACUUGUUUGCAGUACCACAUUCAAGCUAUACCUCCAUCACCCAUAACCCAGCCCUUGUAAGAGAACCCUAGAGGUGGAGUCUGUGCAUUUAACUCUAGGAGUAGGGUGUUAUUAUUAUUCUUUGGAACUUUCCACUCUCUCUGCCCUCCCUCCAUUCAGAGGGCCUUUAGAGUUUAGACACUAGGGUAGAUAAGUUUUACCAGCUGUAGGGUUAAGUAUCAGGUAGUUGAUGCUCUGAGCUUAGAAUGGAAUUUCCAGAGUGUUUUUAGGAGAGGGAGGUUGGCCUGGGGAUGUGAAUACCAAGGCUGGUGUCUUCCUCCCAUCUGAAAGUGGCAGUGUGACUGGGACCAAGUGUAAAGAGGGCAGCGGUAAUGCCUGACAGACCAGGUGGUCUGCCCAGAGGGCAGUUGGCUGUCUGCCAGAGGUAGGACUCCCCCUCUCCCCAAGGAAGAAGAUUAUGGGUAUAGAAGUAGAAUGGAGGCUGAGAGCUGAGCUAGAAGAAUAUAGUUGCCUGUACCAGACAGCCUGGAGGUCCAGCCAACGUGCUCCCACUAGAUAGAAGAGCUAGCAUUAGCAUGUAGGUUUAUUUAGCAAGAUCUUUAGGGGGCUGGGCCAUAAGGCAGUGGACCGAUGUCCUUUUCCUCACUGCUAGUUUGAGAGAAGGAACUCUACAUUGGAUAACAUCAAAAUUAGUUUCAUUAUAGACUAGAUUGGACUUUUUAAUACCCGAAGUUUGGCUUUAUUUACAGAGAAGACUAUUUUCUUUUUAAAAGGAUGACUAGAAGUUGGUAGAUCUGCUACGUUACUGAACCCUGAAAUGAAGGCAGUCAGUCUCAGCGCUGCACAUGGGAGCUGGCUUUCGUAAUUUACUGCACUCCCACCUGCUUUGUACCCUGCAGUUUCAAGCUUCUAGCUUACUAGCAAUUUCUGUGUUAGUAAAAUUUUGAAUUUCAUAAUAACCCGAGCACUGUAAGUAUACUAACUUAGUAGACAACUAAUAAUAAACUUUGUGACCUCAUGUAGGCAUUAGGGGACCCCUUAGGGAUUAGCUGAAAACUCACUGUCUUUAAUUGUAUUUCUUUUGACAUUGUUAGUUUUGGGUUUAUUGGUUUGUUUAUCAUGAUAGAAUUGUAAAAUAAAAUCUACUGUGUUGGAAACAUAACCUACUGGUAGAAUGCUUGUGAGAGUCCUGGGUUUUAGUCUCUAGCACUAUAGCUACAUUUCAUAGUCCUACACGUUUCAGUCUACCAGUACUGCACAGGCUUUGCAAUUUCUGUGCACAGUUGUCCCCUUGUACUACUUUCUGAUUUUAUAUAUAUAUAUAUAUUUUUUUUUUUUUUUUUCUUUUCACACACCACACACACACACACACAUGUAGAGAUAGGACUUUAGUCCAGGCUGGCCUUGAACUCUUAGCCCUCUUGCCUUGGCUUCUCUAGCACUUGGAUUCCAGGGGUGUAUCGCUGUGCCCAGUUGUAUUCAUUCUUAUUUUAUGUGUGUGAGUGUUUUGCCUGUAUGUAAGUACACUACACACAUUCAGUGCCUGUGGAGGCCGUUAGAGGGCAUAGGAACCAUGUAGUUGGUUGUGAGCUGCCACAUGGGUGCUGGGAACUCAGUCCAAGUCUUCUCUAGAACAGCCUCUAUCUCCCUGUUUGCUUUUUACAUCUAAAUUGGAUUGUUUUGACAUUACAUUGUAGUUCUGUAUCCUGGAUAGUAAUUUUCUCUUCUUCCCUGCCCACCCUCUGUGUGUGUGUGUGUGUGUGUGUGUGUGUGUGUGUGUGUGUGUGUGUGUGUGUGUGUGUGUGUUGCUCGUGUGUGUGUGUGUGUGUGUUGCUCACGCACAGGUUCUGUCUGUAGCUUGGAUGGCUCAGGUUCACUCUUUUCUUACUUCUUCCUCCCCACCACCAGGAUUGCAGGUUAGUGUCACAUGUAGCUCUGUAGGUUACCUUUUCGCUGUAAUUAUAUUUUUGUAGUUGAAAUAUUAAUUCAGUUUUGAAUGCUGAGUUCUACAGGCUGUAGCUGUCCUCCCAGCAUCUGCAGAACGCAGAAAACUUGCAACAGUGCAGUCAUUCUUCUAAGCCUCUUUCCUUUCCUUCCAUAGACUUGAACUCACCAACCUGCUAGCUUUGAUGUCCUCCAAUAUCAUUUCCCUCGUGGUCCUUCCUCCCUCUCCUGUGGAAGGCUUUGCUUUGUGAAAGUGUACCUGCUGAGCCAGUUGUCCCUUUCAUGAGGCUGUGCUUGAAAGAUGGAAUGCUAUCCUUUCCCUCUUGCCUUUUUAUUUUUUUAAAAUACUUCUCUUCCUCCAGAGACAGCUCAGACAUGAAGAUUUUCCAGUCGACCAGCCAGCUGCUUUCUUCUGCAGUGUCGUAUGUACAGCCUGGCCAGAACCCUUGUCUGGAAGUAUUGCAAGGCGUUUUAUAACCCUCCCUCACCACACCCCAGCACUGUGAGCUCCUGGAAUCCCCAGCUCAGUGUCUCCUCUUUCUUUUCCCAGCUCACCGCCAUGCCCUAAGAUCCAGCCCAUGUUACCCGCCUGUCACUUCCAGUGACUGUGGGCAGAGACAGAGCGGUGCCAUUUUGGAAGAGCCCCGUGCCGAUCCCAUUCCAAUAUGUAGCUUCUGUUUGGGGACUAAAGAGUCAAAUCGUGAAAAGAAACCAGAAGAACUCCUGUCUUGUGCAGAUUGUGGCAGUAGUGGACACCCAUCCUGUCUGAAGUUUUGUCCUGAGUUAACCGCAAAUGUGAAGGCCUUGAGGUGGCAGUGCAUCGAGUGCAAGACGUGCAGCGCAUGUCGAGUCCAGGGCAAAAAUGCAGAUAACAUGCUUUUUUGUGAUUCCUGUGAUAGAGGAUUCCAUAUGGAGUGCUGUGACCCACCACUUUCCAGAAUGCCAAAAGGGAUGUGGAUUUGCCAAGUCUGCAGACCAAAGAAAAAGGGAAGAAAACUACUUCAUGAGAAAGCUGCACAAAUAAAACGGCGAUAUGCAAAACCCAUUGGACGACCGAAAAAUAAAUUAAAGCAACGAUUGUUGUCUGUAACCAGUGAUGAAGGAUCCAUGAGUGCAUUCACAGGAAGGGGGUCACCUGGUAGGGGUCAAAAGACUAAAGUCAGUACCACACCUUCAUCUGGUCAUGCUGCGUCUGGGAAGCACUCAAGCAGCAGAUUGGCUGUUACAGACCCCACCCGGCCUGGUGCCACCACCAAAACCACCACCUCCUCCACCUACAUUUCUGCCUCUACACUUAAAGUUAACAAGAAAACCAAAGGGCUCAUUGAUGGCCUUACUAAGUUUUUUACACCAUCACCUGAUGGUCGCAGAUCCCGAGGUGAAAUAAUAGACUUUUCAAAGCACUAUCGUCCAAGGAAAAAGGUCUCUCAGAAACAGUCAUGCACUUCUCAUGUGUUGGCUACAGGUACCACACAAAAGCUAAAACCUGCACCUUCUGCACUUCUGCCCCCUGCCCCCAUCUCUGGUCAGAGCCCCAGUUCACAAAAGUCCAGCUCUUCCACCUCCUCUACCUCUACCCAGAGCUCUUCCAGCCAGUCCGGUGAGCCCUCCUUUAGCAGUCUUACUAACAACAGCCAGCUGAAGGCUCUCUUUGAUGGACUUUCUCAUAUCUAUACCACUCAGGGACAGUCUCGAAAAAAGGGACACCCAAGCUAUGCACCACCCAAACGCAUGCGUCGUAAAACUGAAUUCUCUUCCACGGCAAAGGCUAAAGCCCGUUUCUUUGGAAAACGAGAUUUUAGGAGCAGGCUUCUCUCUCACUCCUCCUGUAGCUGGGGGAUGACUAGAGGACAUAUUUUUAAAGCCAUUGCUCACUUCAAGCGAACAACUUUUCUUAAAAAGCACAGGAUGCUAGGCAGAUUAAAAUAUAAAGUGACCCCUCAGAUGGGGACCCCGUCAUCAGGGAAGGGGAGCUUGGCAGACGGAAGGAUUAACCCUGAUCAGGAUAAUGAUACUGAUAUUAAAAUAAGCAUCAAACAAGAAAGUGCAGAUGUGAGUCUGGUGGGAAACAAGGAGCUCGUGACUGAAGAGGAUCUGGACGUUUUUAAGCAGGCCCAGGAACUGUCUUGGGAGAAAAUAGAGUGUGAAAGUGGAGUGGAAGACUGUGGUCGGUACCCCUCAGUAAUAGAGUUCGGGAAAUACGAGAUCCAAACCUGGUACUCCUCGCCUUACCCACAGGAAUAUGCAAGAUUACCAAAGCUUUACCUGUGUGAAUUCUGUCUUAAAUAUAUGAAGAGUAAAAAUAUUUUGCUAAGACACUCAAAGAAGUGUGGAUGGUUUCAUCCUCCGGCCAAUGAGAUUUACCGAAGGAAAGACCUUUCAGUAUUCGAGGUUGAUGGGAAUAUGAGUAAAAUUUAUUGCCAAAACCUUUGCUUGUUAGCCAAGCUCUUCCUGGACCACAAAACAUUGUAUUAUGAUGUUGAGCCAUUCCUUUUUUAUGUCCUUACAAAAAAUGAUGAAAAAGGCUGUCAUCUGGUUGGAUACUUCUCCAAGGAAAAGCUCUGCCAGCAGAAGUAUAAUGUGUCCUGCAUAAUGAUCAUGCCCCAGCACCAAAGGCAAGGAUUUGGACGCUUUCUCAUUGAUUUCAGCUAUUUGCUUUCUCGAAGAGAAGGCCAAGCAGGGUCUCCCGAAAAGCCGCUCUCUGACCUGGGCCGGCUCUCCUACCUGGCCUACUGGAAAAGUGUCAUCUUGGAAUACCUCUACCGCCACCACGAGAGGCACAUCAGCAUCAAGGCCAUUAGCAGAGCCACAGGCAUGUGCCCACAUGACAUCGCCACCACUCUGCAGCACCUCCACAUGAUUGACAGGAGGGAUGGCAGGUUUGUCAUCAUUAGAAGGGAAAAGUUGAUAUUGGGCCACAUGGAAAAGCUGAAGAACUGUUCCCGACCCAAUGAACUUGAUCCGGAGAGUCUAAGAUGGACCCCAAUGUUAAUUUCUAAUGCUGUGGUUUCUGAGGAAGAGCGAGAAGCUGAGAAGGAGGCUGAACGACUAAUGGAACAAGCCAGCUGCUGGGAGAAGGAGGAGCAAGAGAUCCUGUCGUCCAGAGUUAGCAGUAGGCAAUCGUCUGCAAAAGUACAAUCAAAGAAUAAGUACCUGCACUCCCCAGAGAGGCGGCCAGUGGCCGGGGAGCGAGGACAGUUGUUAGAGCUGUCCAAAGAGAGCAGUGAGGAAGAGGAGGAGGAGGAGGAGGAAGAUGAUGAGGAAGAGGAGGAGGAGGAAGAGGAGGAGAGCAUUCAGACAUCUCCCCCUCGGUUGACUAAGCCACAGUCAGUUUCCAUUAAAAGAAAGAGGCCUUUUGUAGUAAAGAAGAAAAGGGGUCGUAAACGCAGGAGGAUCAACAGCAGUGUCACCACCGAGACCAUUUCCGAGACGACAGAAGUGCUCAAUGAGCCCUUCGACAACUCGGAUGAGGAGAGGCCAAUGCCGCAGCUGGAGCCUACCUGUGAGAUCCCAGUGGAGGAGGGCGGCAGGAAGCCAGUUCUGAGGAAAGCAUUCCCACAUCAGCCAGGGAAGAAAAGGCAGACAGAGGAAGAGGAAGGGGAAGACAAUCAUUUCUUCAAGACCGCUGCCCUUUGUAGAAAAGAUGUAGAUGAUGAUGCAGAACACUUGAAAGAAGGCAGCAAAGACAAUCCUGAGCCUCUAAAGUGCAGACAAGUGUGGCCAAAAGGAGCGAAGCGAGGGCUCUCCAAGUGGAAGCAAAGCAAGGAGAGGAAGACGGGCUUCAAGCUGAACCUGUACACCCCACCAGAGACACCCAUGGAGCCAGAGGACCAGGUGACGAUCGAAGAGCAGAAGGAGCUUUCAGAGGACAAGGGCAGCCCCGUGGGGAUGGAACGGGAGGUGACAGAGACCGUGGAUGCCUUGCUGCCUCAGGAGGGGAGCAGAAGGGAAGAGACAGGCAUACCCGUGAGUCCACAUAAAUCACCAGGUGGAAAGGUAGAUGAGGAGGACCUCAUCAGAGGUGAGGAGGAGGGAGAGGAAGAGGGAGAGGAGGAGGGAGAACGAGAAGAACAGGAAGAGGAAGAAGAAGUAACUACAGAAAAAGACCUAGAUGGUGCUAAAAGUAAAGAGAACCCGGAGCCUGAGAUCUCCAUGGAAAAGGAAGACCCUGUGCAUCUGGGUGACCAUGAAGAGGACGAGGAUGAGGAGGAAGAGCCAUCUCACAAUGAGGACCAUGAUGCAGAUGAUGAAGAUGAUGGCCACAUGGAGGCUGCCAACAUGGAGAGGGGAGACCUCCCAAGAGAAACCUUCAAAGACGCACUAGAGGGCCAGGAGGCUUUUUUAGACCUGAGCAUUCAGCCGAGUCACUCGAACCCUGAAGUCUUGAUGAACUGCGGUGUUGAUCUCACAAUGUCCUGUAACAGUGAGCCAAAGGAGCUUGCUGGGGACACUGGAACUGCACCUGAGUCUGACGCGGAGCCCCCGGAAGAACAGACACAGAAGCAGGACCAAAAGAACAGCGAUGGUGUGGAUGCUGAGCUCGAAGAGGGAGGCCCAGCCGCUGUGGAAAUUGACUCCGAGACCGCCCAGGCUGUUCAGUCUUUGACCCAAGAAAACAGGGAGCACGAUGACACCUUUCCAGAUUGUGCUGAGACUCAAGAGGCCUGUAGAAGCCUGCAGAACUAUACACACACAGACCAAAGUCCUCAAAUUGCCACCACGCUGGACGAGUGCCAACAGUCAGACCACAGUAGCCCAGUUUCAUCUGUCCAUUCCCAUCCUGGCCAGUCAGUUCGUUCUGUCAAUAGCCCCAGUGUCCCUGCCCUAGAGAAUAGCUAUGCCCAAAUCAGCCCCGAUCAGACUGCCAUCACAGUGCCACCUCUGCAGAACAUGGAGACCAGUCCAAUGAUGGACGUCCCGUCAGUGUCAGAUCACUCACAGCAGGUCGUUGACAGCGGAUUCAGUGACCUGGGCAGUAUUGAGAGCACAACAGAGAACUAUGAGAACCCAAGCAGCUAUGACUCAACCAUGGGAGGCAGUAUCUGUGGAAACGGCUCUUCCCAGAACAGCUGCUCCUACAGCAGUCUCACCUCUAGCAAUCUGACACAGAACAGCUGUGCUGUCACCCAGCAGAUGUCCAACAUCAGUGGGAGCUGCAGCAUGCUGCAGCAGACCAGCAUCAGCUCCCCUCCAACCUGCAGCGUCAAGUCUCCCCAAGGCUGUGUGGUGGAGAGGCCUCCCAGUAGCAGCCAGCAGCUGGCUCAGUGCAGCAUGGCCGCCAAUUUCACCCCACCCAUGCAGCUGGCUGACAUCCCCGAGACCAGCAAUGCCAACAUUGGCUUAUAUGAGCGAAUGGGUCAAAGUGAUUUUGGGGCUGGGCACUACCCACAGCCAUCUGCCACCUUCAGCCUUGCCAAACUGCAGCAGUUAACUAAUACACUUAUUGAUCAUUCAUUGCCUUACAGCCAUUCCGCUGCUGUGACCUCCUAUGCAAACAGUGCCUCUUUGUCCACACCAUUAAGUAACACAGGGCUUGUUCAGCUUUCGCAGUCUCCACACUCUGUCCCUGGAGGGCCCCAAGCACAAGCUACCAUGACCCCACCCCCUAACCUGACUCCUCCUCCCAUGAAUCUGCCACCACCUCUCCUGCAGCGGAACAUGGCUGCAUCAAAUAUUGGCAUCUCCCACAGCCAAAGACUGCAAACUCAGAUUGCCAGCAAGGGCCACGUCUCCAUGAGAACCAAGGCGGCAUCUCUGUCACCAGCUGCCGCCACCCAUCAGUCACAAAUCUAUGGGCGUUCCCAGACUGUAGCCAUGCAGGGUCCUGCACGGACUUUAACGAUGCAAAGAGGCAUGAACAUGAGUGUGAACUUGAUGCCAGCGCCAGCCUACAAUGUCAACUCGGUGAACAUGAACAUGAACACUCUGAAUGCCAUGAAUGGGUAUAGCAUGUCCCAGCCGAUGAUGAACAGUGGUUACCACAGCAACCACGGCUAUAUGAAUCAAACCCCCCAGUACCCUAUGCAGAUGCAGAUGGGCAUGAUGGGAAGCCAGCCAUACGCCCAGCAGCCAAUGCAGACCCCACCCCACGCUAACAUGAUGUACACGGCCCCCGGACACCACGGCUACAUGAACACAGGCAUGUCCAAACAGUCUCUCAAUGGGUCCUACAUGAGAAGGUAGACAGCCUGGCAGCCCACCCAGCCCACUGGGCCCCACUAUUGGAUUGAUCUGCACAAAUACCUUUGAAGAGUACGAUUUCAAAACCAGCAUUGGUGUGAAUGCAAAAACAUUUGUUGGCACCAUUUAUUUAAAAAAAAAAAAGCUGUAUGCAGCAGAAAGAAAGCCUUAUACAAGUUGUUUUUCUUUUUUCCUUUUUUUCUUUUUUGGUACCUUUAUUUCUGUUACUUUUAUAUAAAAUUCUCUGCAAAGGAAGGCCUCUCUUAGGACUCUAGUUGGCAGCGGCCACACGUCGUGCCUGCUUCCAUUAAACAGUGUGGAUACAAGCCCCUCCCCAAAUCACCUGUUUUAAUACUGAACCUCCAGCUUUUCUCCUUCCUGUCUACUCCAUGGAAAUGCCUUUAGCAUUUCAAUUACUGUAUAUUUUGUUUAAGGUGACCCUUCAGCAUGCCGCUAAUGUCUUUGUUAGUGACAGUGCAUUUUGUAGUACUGUACAAGUGUUGUGCUAACGGUAAGCCAUUUCUUAAGUUUUUUGCCUUGAUUAGGGUACCCUAAUUUGAGGGUUAAAAAAAACAAAACAAAACAAAGCUCUAUUUUUGUUAAUUAUAAAACUGUAAAGAGCUACAGAGCUAUCCCCGUCUGGUUAGUGAAGGGGGUUUAUCGCUAAAUGUUUGGUGUAAAGUUGAGAAGACCUUUUUCCAUUUUGGUGGCAGGCUCCUUUGGGGGGAGGCAGCUUUCUGUUUUAUAAAUGCACACUUCUGUUUAUUGAAUGAAGCAUAUCUCAGUGUUUAUCUGUCAGGUUUUGAAGCAUUUCAUAUAUGUCCAAAUACUUGGCAGGAUUUAAAAAAAAAUAGUGAAUUUGGUGUAAAGUUGCUAUUUUAUGGAAAUGCCUCUAACUUUACAUUUUCAUUCCAUCUGUAGAUUUUUCUAUCUUUAUAAAAUAUUGGAGUUAUUUUUUAAGGAAAAAUAGAAAAGUAGCUUGUGAAUAGCUCAAACUAAGCUUACAAAUCGCAUGUAAAAAAGCAGAAAAGUUAUUUGUGUCUGUUUCUAUUGCGUCCUUUUUUAGCCUUUGUACCUGGACAGGUGACAGUAAGGGCCAAGCAGGAGAGGCGGGCGCGGCCUUGUAUAAAAUAGGAGCCAGCGGGACUCUUGUAUCUACCUGUUCUCUUUUUAGUCAGUUACUUCAAAAAAAAGAAAAAGCAAAAACAAAAAAACAAAAGCUGUACAUUUUAACAUAAAAUAAAUUAUGAUGAGCCAUUUCUAGCCUCUCGUGUCCUGUCAUGUUAUGAUUGAUGGAGAAUGACCAGCUGAGCUGUGUCAUGUGUCACAUUUCAGAACACAUACACGAUGGGGGAAAUAAAUUAUUUAGUGUAAAUUGAA